UAUUGUUAAAAAUCAAUUUACCUAUGGAGAAAAUGAAUGGAGCUUUUACUUCCAGGACCCGACUGUUGCACUAAUAUCAUAAUCUCCUCUUCUGUACAGAUUCUUUGUCUUCAAGAAGUUCAAGAAGAUCACUUUCUUGAGCAGAUGUUUCCUGUCCUGACUGACAUGGGUUACACCUGCAUCUACAAACGACGCACAGGAACCAAAACAGACGGCUGUGCGGUGUGUUAUCACAGCGAGCGCUUUAUCCAGCUUUCCGUCAGCUUGCUGGAGUUUCGCCGACCGGACUGCGAGCUGCUGGAUCGUGACAAUGUGGGCAUCGUGCUGCUCCUCCAGCCAAAGGCAGGGCAGAAUGAAACGUUCAGCCCCAUAUGUGUGGCCAACACACACCUGCUGUUCAACCCCAGAAGAGGCGACAUAAAGCUCGCCCAGCUGGCCAUCAUGUUCGCUGAGAUUGACCUCAUGAUCAAGAAAUGCAGCAGUGAAGGAAGACGCUGUGAGGUUAUUUUAUGUGGGGACUUCAACUCUUUACCCAACAGCCCUUUGUGGAACUUCAUCACCACCGGACAGCUCUACUACCACGGGUUACCAACCUGGAUGGUUUCAGGACAGAUGGAUUUGUCAUAUAAAGUCCAUCACCCGAGGCUUUUCGCCCCCUUGUGGCCCAGCAGCCUCGACAUCACUGACAGCUGUCAGUACAAGUCUGAAUCGCAGACCACAGCUUCAGGUAUUUUUCCAGUGGAUAACCGGCAGUACAGCCACGACUUUAUGCUUCGGCUGCGUUACUGUGAGGCGGCGUGUGUGCGUCCUGCAGAUCUGGAGCUCAUACCAGGAGUCACAGACAAAACACCAGACCCAGAAGACGUGGAAAUGUUCAGUUCAAGGUUCGGUCACACCUUACGCCACACACUGAGCCUGACGUCCGCUUACAGUCAGGUGUGUCCCGACACUCAGACCGCUGCGGUCACCACACUGAACUCAGACGGAGCAGCGAUGGUCGACUACAUCUUCUACUCCACCCGGAGGAGCGGCUCUGCUGGAGAGAGCGCUGGCGGUUUGCAGCUGCUGGGCCGUUUGUCUCUGCUGUCAGAGGCUGAUCUCUGGUGUCUGAAGGGUCUUCCCAACGAAACCUUUCCCUCCGAUCACCUCAGUCUGCUGGUCAAGCUCCAGCUCAGAUGAGUGUCUGACUGUAAUAUUUCUCUAAUUAACAGAACGUGUGAAAUUCUCCAGCAUGACAUUUGAUGCAAGGACUACGGUUGACAUGUUCCCAAUAAUUUAAUCAAAAUGCACUUGCUUUUUGUAUUUCUUUUGUUUUGGUUUUGAAUUUAUAUUUUGAAUAGACCUAAAUAAAUAACUGCAUGUGC